UCUUUAACGUUGACUUGACAGUGAUUUUUAUCAAAUUCUUGUUGUUUAUAUAUUACAAUCGUAGAAAUAUGUAUUAUUUACAUUUUAAUUAAUGUUGUAAACCUUCUAUUAUAACUGUUAAUGUAAUGCUAACAUUUUACUUAAGUUGUAAAAACAUUAUCGCUUUUUAAUUUUUAUCAAAGUUGUUUUCAUAGCUUUUAUAGCAUGUUGGGUGGUGUGAAACUCAAGGUUGUUUAUACACAUGAAAAAUCAUGCUUCGCGUACAUUAGUCCAAUGUAUAGCACAAAUAAUCAGCAGGUUAUUAAUUUUUAUUAUCUUAUUAAUCAAAUUAAAGUUAAGUUUAAAGUCGCAAAAUGUAGAGAGUCAAUGUAUCCAAGUGAUAGCGAGGAAUCUACAAACUCUCCUAUGGGUAGUGUACAGCAACAAUGUUCCCGAAGGUCAGAUUGCUUGUAACCCUGUGUUCAGCAGACUCAUAGGCCUGGAGGAGGGGUGGGAGCUGUUUGCGUCACCAUAUGGAGAUGUCAAGGUGUUGGAGGAGCUAUAUAUUGAAACAGAUAGUCCUGAUGACCAGGAGAUAUUGGAACACAAUGUAGAACUUUUACAAUUAAGGAUUUUAGAUCAUCUGAGAGUAGUGGUUGCAAACCAAAAGGCCAUAGUUUGGAUAUCCUCAUCUUUGCCCGUCAUCUUUACUCCCAAGCAGACCGGCCUCUUAGUCACGCACAGUAGAAUAGUAGUUAAAAUGGAUGCAUUUAACUUUCAAGGCAUGAAGCAAAAUAUGCCCGCCAAUGUGCCUACGGAAAACACUGAGACGUUCAAAAAUAUAGGUUUAGUUAACAAAGGCUUGCUUCAUCCACAUUUGAAUGCGCCAGAAAGAUUAGUUUUAAGAGCAGUCCCCAUUGACGGUGACGGUAAACGCAACUUGAUACAUCCUUACACAGUUUUUAUGCACGAAAAUCAAUUAGCUGAUAAGUAUAAGAAGUUGACUGCAGUGUUGGCAACUAUGAGGAAUAUACCAUUUUUGAUACAAGACAGUGAAAAUGACAUUGAGAAUGAUAAUAACCAAAUCGAUGAUUUGUGCGUAGAAAUAGUGCCCGUAGACAGCGUUGUGUUUCGAAGUUUGUGCCAUGAGGUGUACCAUAAAAAUAUACAGACUUUAUUAAUACCGAAAUCGUUAAAUGCAAUUAUAAAUAUUGAAAACGGAACAAGAAUUAUCUUGACAAUAAUUGGGGAUAACGUUAAUCAGCCUGAUCAUAUAGAUAUUGUGACAUAUUCAGAGCCAACACAGACUGAUAUUGAUGUCAUAGAUAAGUUCAAGACCUGCGUUAUAGAUAAUACACAUUCUGGCAGAAAGUUUCUGAUAAAUCACGGUAUGCUAAAGCAGAAUACACAGAUUAGUAACGGAUUCUUACAAUUGAAUUUGAAACCGGAUAAUUUGAAGUAUACCAUGUUGAAUUCGGAGUCUUUCCGACAUUGUACACUGUCGGCCAAAUGUUUAACGGACUCUGACUUGGAGCUCCCGAAACCGUCUGUGUCAAAAUUGGAGUAUGAUUAUAAGAAUUAUUGCAGAAAUAUAAAGUCUGUGGAAUGUUUGGUGCAAGAGGUCUUAUCGCAUAUAUAUUUUGAAAUUCAUAGAGAAGCUAGUUUUAAAGGUGUUUCGGAAAUCAAAAGCAACAUUUUAGUGACGGGUCUCAAUGGCACAGGCAAAACAUCACUCUGCCACAUAGUCCAAAAGGAACUGACGGUUUACUCUCACAUCCUCCACUGUCGGUCGCUGAAGGGCCGAAAGGACAUCCCUGAGGUGCUCGGGAAGGCGGUACUAAUGUGCCAGGAGAGGAGUCCAGCAUUGCUCAUAUGUGACGAUGUGGAUUCGUUGGUGCCGCCCAAUGUAGAGGGUGCUUCGCCUCAAGAUAUUGCUUAUUAUCAAAGACUAGCAGUGGUGAUGAAGCAUUCACUUCGGACAUGUUCGGGCGUGUGUGUGCUAAUGACAGCAGCCAGUAUGAAGUCCCUGCAUCCCGCCCUCAGUCAGUUCGGCGGGAGACCGCUGUUCACGGCGCAUUUCGAUAUAAAGGAAAUGCAACAGGAAGAAAGAACGGAACUAUUCAAACAUCUUAUUAACGACAAGAUCCGCGAAGAGUUUGAGGUGCUAGACGACGAUGUCAUCCGAUUGUCUAUGGACACCGCCGGCUCUACCGUCAGGGAUGUCAUAGACUAUUUCAAUAGAAGAGUUUUCAAGGCGGUGAAAAAAAAGAAAUCGAAUCCAGACGAUGGCAAGCCUCGAUUGUUGGAAGAAUCAUCGAUGGAAAUGGAAAAAUCUAGUGCGUUCGAUGUCUGGGGUCCCGUGGGAGGCUUGCAUGAGGUCAAACAGGAACUGACUGAAUGCAUAUUCUGGCCUAUUUUGUAUCCCGCAUUGUUCCCGUCUCAGUCGUCCGGGAUCCUGCUGUACGGGCCCCCGGGCACGGGGAAGUCCCACAUAGGGUCGUGUUUGGCCAAAAUGACCAAUAUGAACAUGAUCACGGUUAAGGGGCCGGAAUUGUUGUCCAAGUAUAUUGGGCAGAGUGAGAAGGCUGUGAGGGAUGUUUUUGACAAGGCGGACAUGAAGCGGCCGUGCAUACUGUUUUUUGACGAGUUUGACAGCUUGGCGCCCAAGCGCGGCCACGACUCGACCGGCGUGACGGACCGCGUGGUGAACCAGCUGCUGGCGCGGCUGGACGGCGCGGAGGGCGGCGCGCGCGCAGCCGUGCUGGCCGCCAGCGCGCGCCCCGACCUGCUGGACCCCGCGCUGCUGCGGCCCGGCCGGCUGCAGACCCACGUCUACACCGGCCUGCCGGAUCUGGUAACAUACAUACAUACAUACUAGGGGUAGUAGGCAGAG